AUGGCCAGUAUUUCAGUAGAUCAGGACCAGUUCAGCUGUCCAGUCUGUCUGGAUCUGCUGAAGGAUCCAGUGGCUAUUCCCUGUGGACACAGUUACUGUAAGGUGUGUAUUAAUGGCUACUGGGAUCAGGAUGAUCAGAGGGGGGUCUACAGCUGCCCCCAGUGCAGAGAGACUUUCACUCCGAGGCCUGUUCUACGCAGAAACAAUGUUAUAGCUGAAGUGGUGGAGAAACUGAAGAAGACAGAACUCCGAGCUGCUUCUCCUGCUCACUGUUACGCUGGACCUGGAGAUGUGGAGUGUGAUUUCUGCACUGGGAGGAAACUCAAAGCCAUCAAGUCCUGUCUGAUGUGUUUGGCCUCCUUUUGUGAAACUCAUCUUAAAACUCACUAUGAAGUUCCUUCCUGGAAAAACCACAAGCUGGUCAAAGCUUCCACGCGACUACGAGAGAAGAUCUGCUCUCAGCACGACAAACUGAUCGAGAUCUACUGUCGUACUGACCAAACAUGCAUCUGUUAUUUGUGCAUGUUGGAUCAACACAACGGCCACAGGACAGUCUCAGCUGCAGCAGAGAGAACCGAGAAACAGCAUCAGUUAAAGGAGACGCAGAGUGAAUCCCAGAAGAGAAUCCAGGAGAAAGAGAAGAAGCUGCAGGAGCUGAAACAGGCUAUGAACACUAUUAAGAGCUCUGCACAGACAGCAGUGGAGGACAGUGAGAGGAUCUUUACUGAGCUGAUCUGCUCCAUUGAGAAAAAGCGCUCUGAGGUAAUAGAGCUGAUCAGAGCUCAGGAGAAGACUGAACUGAGUGGAGCUGAAGAGCUCAUUGAACAGCUGGAGCAGGAGAUUGCUGAUCUAAAGAGGAGAGACACUGAGCUGGAGCAGCUUUCACACACAGAGGAUCACAUCCAUUUCCUCCAGAGUUUCCAGGCUCUUUGUGUCUCUUCUGGAUCUGAAGACUCUCCCAACAUCACCAUCAGUCAACGUCUCUCAUUUGUUAAAGUGAGCAAAUCUCUGUCUGAUCUGAAGAAGCAACUGGAGGAAUUCUGUGAAGAGACACUCAACAGAAUCUCUCCACAUGCUGCAGCAGUUCAGAUCUUACUGUCAGAACCACAAACCAGAGAAGACUUUCUACAGUAUUACUGUCAGCUGACUCUGGAUCCCAACACAGCAAAUCCUCACUUCAUUCUGUCUAAGAAGAACAGAGUGGUCAAGUGCAAUAUGAAUACCCAGCCGUACUCUGAUCAUCCAGAGAGAUUUGACUUCUGGUCUCAGGUUCUGUGUGAGGAGAGUGUGAGUGGACGCUGUUACUGGGAGGUUGAGUGGAGCAGUAAGGGAUAUGUGAACAUAUCAGUCUCAUAUAAAGGGAUUAGCAGGAAAGGAUCAGGUUAUGACAGUAAGUUUGGACACAACAGUCAGUCCUGGAGUCUGGAGUGUUCUUCCUCUCUCUCUUUCUAUCACAACAACAUUGAGACUAAGAUCUCAGCCCCGUCCUCCUCCAGAAUAGGAGUGUAUGUGGAUCACAGUGCAGGAACUCUGUCCUUCUACAGCGUCUCUGACACAAUGACCCUCCUACACACAGUCCACACCACCUUCACUCAGCCUCUCUAUGCUGGAUUCUGGCUUCCUUCUAGUGGAUCUACUGUGACUUUAUGCAAUCCACAAUGAAUAUCUGAUCUGUUAGUAAUGGGAAAUACGAAAUUAAGCCACUUGAGUCCUUCUUGAUGUUGAUGCCUUGAAAUACCUUUUUUCCUCCCAUUUUGUGUAAUUAUUUCUCAACUUUAACUCUUUAUAAAAAAGGGGGGGGAUUUUUGUUGAAAGUGCACAUUUUAAACUUUCAGUCAAUACCACUUAAGUAUGGGGGAGGCAGUUAAUGUGGCUUUGAUUAUUGUGGAAAAAAAAUUAGAUCAAAUCAAACUUCAAAGGUCCCCACUUUUCCAGUGUGUUUUUGUUCUGGUUCUCCUUUAAGGCAUAAGUGUUGCUAUUCCACCCUUAUAGUGAAAUAAAGUACGUGUAAUUUGAGGAUCUCCUGCGAGAGGUUGUUGGAUUCUGUCCUCUGGUUUUUACUGUGUGUAAAGAUGUGAGCUUUGCUCAGGUUUGAGUUUGUGUGGGUGAGGUUGUUGAUACAUGCUGUAUUGCUUGUUAUUGCUCAGUAGACAGUCAUAUCGUUAUGUUUUGGUCAUUGAUUUGAAUUUCAUUUUGGAGGAAACGUGUCUGUGUAUGUGAUUCUGUGUUUAUACUAAGCACAUAUAGUCAGCAGUGUAGUGGUGUGUUCAUGCAGGUUUAUGGCGUUCACCCUAGCGAUGGGCAUUCUAGCUCUUUUCAGGCUCAGCUAACAAAUAAGAGCCGGAGUUCUGAAUGUCCUACUGUAGCGCAUAUUUAUAGGUAGCUCCCUACAUAAAACGGGGAGAAUGUUCUAAAAGCCUGAAUGACCUCAUCAGAGGGCCAGUUAUAACAUUAAGCUGAGUCUGUUUAAUACACUUGAAGGCUGAAUUAACAUUAAAACUACAAUAAAAUGUUAGAAAAACUAAGAUACUAUAAAUUAAUAAUUCAUACAUUAACAACCAUAAGAUUAAACUACUCAGCAAUAACUAAUGCAUGUAUUAAGGAAUGAAGAUGAAGGUAAUAAAGGCUUUUUUCAUCUGAAUUUAUCAGGAAUUCAUGUGUUAAUUAAUCAUUUUGUUCUCACAAGAUCCCCCCGAGGCACAGUGCUCUGGAAUAUUGUGUUUUCUCUGCAGCUCCAUCCUCUCAUCAUCUUGUCCACCUGUGUUUGGUUUGUAGUGAUGUGUGAGCAGCCCCUUGUAUUUAGCCGUGUCUUUAUCUGUGUCAGGUCUGGAGUUUAUUGUUGUUGAUUUCUUAUGUAAUCUUGUCUGUUUCUACCAACCAAGUUUCUGCGUUUAUUUAAUAAAAUAAAAUUCUUACUCUUA